GGCCCCACACCCCACCUCAGCGGGAUACCGCCGUCAAGCCCUACAACUGCGCUCUCAAACGAAAUACCGCCGCGUGUUUAUCUCAAGCACUUCAGCUUCGCACAUCAGACAACUUACAAUAUGGCGUCCGAGUCGCGGCUUUACACAUUCUCAACCGAGACGAAGACGAAGCUGCGCAAGUUCAGGCUGGGCACAUCACGGGCCAAAGACCCUCAGGCUGUCAUCUACGAGAUCGACAAGAAGACACUAGAGAUCAGGCCUGUCGACGACGAGGUAUACUCAGACGUGACACUUGUGGCAGAUGAGCUGCCUGAUCACGCACCAAGAUUCGUGCUGCUCAGUUACCCCCUCACCCUUGACUCUGGCCGACUCUCCGUACCUUAUGUCAUGCUGUACUACCUGCCAAUCACCUGCAAUAGUGAGGUCAAGAUGCUGUACGCAGGUGCAAAGGAGUUGAUGCGCAAUACAGCAGAAGUUAACAAGAUCAUCGAGAUCGACAGCGCCGAGGAUCUGGACGACAUCGAGGACAAGUUGAAGGAGUCAUAAGUGACAAUAUUAAACGACCUACAAUGAGAAACGAGACAAAUGGUUAGAUAUCAAAUCAUCAUCAGCAACUCAUGUCACAGUAAUGAGAGCGUGGCACGUCCGCAGAGCGG